AUGAUUGAAGUGUGCUUUAUAGACAUCUUUGCAAACGGAGGCAGCGCAGCGGACGUGUUCAAGAAGAAGAUGAUGCCAACCGUGCGUGUUUCUUCAACAGAGGCAAACGCCUCGCUAAAGGUGUGUGUUGUGUACUCGGUCAGCUCUGCAGACACAGACUAUGAUCAGGUGCUUUGCAGCGAGGUCGUUGAGGGAAUAGAUGCCGGCAUUGCCGAGUUUGACCUGGAGACCGAAAUUCCGGACCUUGAGAAAAUACCCCGCGAGCACCUCAUUGGCUUGGGCUCUAUACUCUUCCUGUUUUCCACAAAGGAUGGCCAGCAGUUUGCCAGAGUGGGCUACUUCGUGAAGGUGGACUACCCAGGCAUCCAUAUUAUAGAGGAGCCCCGGAGCUCCCUGGAAAACGAGGCUGUUUUCGAGCUUGAGGGCCUGGACUGCACAGGGUCCAGCGAAGAAAACGAGAGCCAGGAGCGCGCAGCCAAGAAGAAGCUUGAGGGCGCAGAGGGCGAAAAAGACCAAGAAGACGACGUCUCUAUUGAGGCAGAGGAGGCCGAGGAAGGAAACGAGGAAGGGGAGAUAAAAACAGAGGGGAUGCAUGACGGCGUGCUUUUUGUUACCGAGAAAAACUUCAUGAAAAUGGAGUUAGACGCGUCAAAGAUCGAGGGGACUGUUCUGUGCCCUCCCUUGGUCACCGUGUUUACAGAGGCCUGGUCCGACGCACAGGACGAAGAAGAGGAAGAAGAAAAUAGUAGUAGCGAGUAG